AUGGCAGCUACACUACAGAGCGUCUUACCCGCUCCCAAGUACAGCGCCGUUGCUGAAAUCAAGGACGAAGAAGAGGAUGACAACGACGAGUACGACCAUCCCGAACCUGGACCCUCCACUUCGUCAUCCGCUUCCUCUUCCUCAACUUCUUCCCAAGUUCCGCCUUAUGGCCAGCGAGCCUCAUGGCGACCUCGAACGCAAGCCGACUUUGGCGAUGGAGGCGCCUACCCAGAAUGCCAUAUUGCACAGUACCCUCUCGACAUGGGUCGUAACCGAUCCACAGGGCCUAGCAACAAGCUUGCCAUGCGCGUUGAUGGCGAGGGCAACAAGCGAUACGAUGCCAUCGUCAAGCAGACUUUGCGUCCCGGUCAGACAGUGCAGACGGAGUUCAAGGAUCUUGUGCCGCUUUCGCAACGCACUGACAUCAAGGACAAAGAUCGCGCCUCUGGCUUUGAGCGUCCGUCGCAAGAACAGGUCAUGAGCAAUACCGAGCGCACGCGUCUUGCUUUGGAAGCCAUCACGAAGGGCAGGAACAAACCUGCGGUUCCCAAAACCGCCUCGCAGCCGGGCGGCCAGCAAGCAGCCCAGUUCAUCCGCUACACGCCCGGACAGCAGGGCGCCACGGGUAACGGCACACAACGCAUCAUCAAAAUGACGGAAGCAGCGCGUGAUCCGCUCGAACCGCCGCGUCAUCGAGUGAGAAAGACCGCUAUUGGUCCGCCCUCCCCACCGCCGCCUGUACUGCGUUCGCCACCACGCAAAGUUACAGCGCAGGAGCAGAAGGACUGGAUGAUCCCUCCCGCCAUCUCCAACUGGAAGAACAACAAGGGCUAUACCAUCCCUCUGGACAAGCGUCUCGCAGCGGAUGGCAGUGGGAUCAAGGACGUGGUUAUCAACGACAACUUUGCUCAGUUUGCCGAAGCGCUCAAUCUCGCUGACCGGCAUGCGCGCGAGGAGGUGCGACAGCGAAGCAUUAUGCAGCAAAAGCUGGCUGCCAAGGAGAAAGCGGCGAAGGAGGAACACUUGCGAAACUUGGCACAGCGUGCGCGCGAGGAACGUGCCGGCCUGUCGUCGGCGACACCGUCCGUGUCUGGGCGUGGCGGCGAUGACGACGACGAUACGACUUCGCGACUGGACGAGUGGGAUGCACCUACUCGAGCCAGACCUGCCGCGCCAGCAGGCGCGGGAAUGUCGGCCAUGCUUGCCGGUUACGGCUCGGACUCCGAGCCUGGAUCCGAUCGAUCCGCAGCCAGCAAUGACGAGGACGAUGAAGGCGCACGGGAGCGUGAUCGCAUCCGCGAGGAGCGCCGACGCGAGCGAGAACGUGAACUGCGCAUGUCCAACAUGGGCACCGAACAACGGACCAAACAGCUGCUUCGCGAGCAGAAUCGUGACAUUUCCGAAAAGGUGGCCCUGGGUCUCGCCAAGCCGACCGCCUCGAAAGACUCGAUGACCGACAGCCGACUGUUCAACCAAGAAUCACUGUCGGCAGGGUACGGCGAUGAGGACUCGUACAAUCUCUACGACAAGCCGCUGUUCUCGGGCAGUUCGGCUGCCGCUGCCAUCUACCGCCGCCCCGCCGGUCGUGGUGGCGCAGACGACAUCUACAGCGGUGGUGCAGACGACGGGGCACUGGAGGAAGAGCUCAAGAACAACGAUCGUUUCGGGUUGGGCCAGAGCAAGUUCAAAGGCGCCGAAGUCGAAGCGGAGGGAUCGUCGUCCAGCAACGCACCUCGAUCAGGGCCGGUCCAGUUCGAAAAGGACACCACCGACCCCUUCGCGAUCAACCAGUUCUUGGACGAUGCUAAGAGGGGCAUCAAACGUUCGUCGCACGCCGAAGCUGAGGACGCUCGGAAGAAAGUCUUCAAAGGUCAAGAAGAUGCUUCGCCGUAA